AUGGCCGACAAGACUGGUUUCAUGAUAGCCUCUCCGUCAGAUCAGUCAAUCCCAAAUCUCACCACAGGCCAAUGGGAGGCCACAGUGCCUGCCGACGUGAACGUUGUCACAAGCUCCCAGUCCCAGAUAAAGGACCUGUUCGGGUUGUUCUGCAUGGUCACCCUUAACCUCAUCGCCUUGUUGGCCAACACCGGCGUGAUGGUGGCCAUUGCUCGUGCACCUCACCUGAAGAGGUUUGCAUUUGUGUGUCACCUCUGUGCGGUGGACCUGCUGUGCGCCAUCCUCCUCAUGCCUCUGGGGAUCAUAUCCAGCUCGCCCUUUUUUGGCACCGUGGUCUUCACUGUUCUGGAGUGUCAGGUUUACAUCUUCCUCAAUGUUUUCCUCAUCUGUCUGUCCAUCCUCACCAUCACAGCCAUUAGUGUGGAGCGUUACUUCUACAUCAUACACCCGAUGCGUUACGAAGUCAAGAUGACAAUCAACCUUGCUGUUGGUGUCAUGCUCCUAAUCUGGGCUAAGUCGGCCCUCUUGGCUCUGUUCACGCUGUUCGGUUGGCCAGCUUAUGGACUUCAUAGCUCCAUCGCUGCAGCUCACUGCUCUCUGCACGCGAGCCACAGUCGUCUGAGGAGAGCUUUUGCUGUGCUCUUCAGUGUGAUUUGUUUCCUGGUCCCUGCGGUGGUUAUCUUCGCAGUUUACUGUGCCGUGUACAAGGUCGCUCGUUCCGCAGCCCGGCAGCAAGUCCCCGCUGUGCCAACAUGGGCGAACGUGAACCCAGCUAAGGAUCGCUCAGACUCCAUCAACAGCCAGACCACCAUGAUUACCACCAACCGCACUCUGCCCCAAAGACUGUCUCCAGAGAGGGCCUUCAGCGGCGGCAAGGCUGCUAUUACUCUGGUGUUCAUCGUGGGCCAGUUCUUGGUUUGUUGGUUACCGUACUUCAUCUUUCACCUGCAAAUGUCUCUGACUGACUCCAUGCAGAGCCCCGGAGACUUGGAGGAGGCGGUCACCUGGCUCGCUUACUCCUCCUUUGCAGUGAAUCCGUUCUUCUACGGCCUGUUGAACAGACAGAUCAGAGAGGAGCUGGUGAAGUUUCGACGCUGCUGCCUGACCCAGCCUGUGGAUUUUGGGGCAUCCAGCCACGAGGGCUCCCUGCAGGAGAACUUCCUCCAGUUCAUCCAGAGAACCAGCAGCACAGCUGAGGCCCAGUCCAGCUGCGCCAACUCCAGCCCCAGGAACAUUAUUAACCAGGGGAUAAAGAUUCCUGGACAAAUACCUGAGGAACGCGCCUGA